UGUAAUAUUAGCAGGUCUUGCAGAGCCGCUCGUGACUCAACAUGCAGUGCCUAACGUCAGUAUAAGGAGGGCAUUGUUCCUCCUUCACCUCCAACAAACAGGCACACAAUAGAUAGGGACCUGCGAGAGAUAAGCGACAGGAUUAUUCCUGCUUUCCCUUGCAAAAGAGUUCUGCGGGUUCAUGUAAAUCAUCGGAAGACUUUUCUCAGGCUAAUAAUGCAGUUUGCAUUCUGAGCGGAGUUUCUUUUACCAUUGUACGCUUAGACACGCUUGUGGGUCUCCAAAGGCUGACCACCACCAUCGCACUAAUAAGCCCACAUUCCCACCAUUCCCUCACAGAUGAUGUCUGUCUGCCGCUGCUCCCUCAUCUCUGCCUCUAUCAGUCACCCAAAUUCCUUGUCUCCAUGCCAAAUCUGUACAAUACUCAUGCUAAAGACUGUGAAAUGUUCUGCCCUAACAAGUUUUUAUUUGUAUUUUUUUCCCCCGUUUAGCAGAUCUAGAAACUGGAGGUCUCGUUUGAGCAGCUUUCUGCAGUCUCCCAAUUCUUUCUACAAGCCCAGCAGAGCCGUCAGCAGACCCAAAGCCUCUCACAGGCCUACAAUUGAGGAACUAAACAAGUGGUCUCAGUCUUUUGACAGCCUGCUACAAAAUAAAUUUGGCCAGGCUAUGUUCCGAGCUUUCCUGAAAUCUGAAUACAGCGAAGAGAACAUUGACUUCUGGCUCGCCUGCGAGGAAUUCAAGCAACUGAAAUCUACGGCAAAGCGCGUCACAAGAGCCAGAGUCAUUUAUGAAAAAUACAUUUACGAAGAAGCUCCCAAGCAGAUCAACUUAGAUUUCAUCACAAGGGAAGGAAUUAAGCAAAAUCUGUUCAACCCUCCGGCCUCCUGCUUUACUGCGGCCCAGAAGCGAGUGUACAGCCUGAUGGAGAACAACGCCUUCCCACGCUUCCUUCAGUCCGCCGCCUAUGAGGAGCUGCGCCACAGGGCCCAGCAGGACGGCAACUUUGAGAGAUCGUGAGUCGCUCGCCGGUCGGAAGAGUCUGGCAGGACUGAAAAGUCAGCCGGGAAAGGCGUGAACGCUUCUUCUCUUCAACUGCAGCAAAUUAACAGGAAUGCCUAAGGCUUGAGAGAUGGGAAUGUGAUGACGGUGGCUCAUGUGCAGCCACAUUUGCUCCAUCACUUGGAGGAGGAGGAAUUUAUUUUUGGACUUUUAGGUGUUGGGUGCCUCUUCUAUUGAGCGUGCAGGCUGCUGAAUGAAGACUCAAAAGCAGCCGUGUGGCACACUGCCCGCUAGGCCGAGGUGAGCCUAUGUUUGUAAAGAUCUGAAAGAUGGCCUCCUGAGUGGACGCUUCUGAAAAAAAUGAAGUGCCACCUUUUUCACUGUACACUGGGCAUCAUGACCGUUACGACUGUUGCACGAACGGAAACCCUUGAUACAGUAGUUCAGAAAUGAAAGGUGCUCUAUUUAUAUAUCAUUCUUUCAUGAAUGUAUUCGGCAAUGUUAUAAAAACGAGGUCAGCAGCCAUCCUGAAACUGUUCCCAUCAAAACAGAGAUGCAUCGGUGGCACAGCCAUCACUACAGAGCAAUAGUGAAGGGCAGAGGAAUCCACUGAUGGGCAAGCGUCACUGAAGCUUUAUGGUGAAAGCACAAGACACACACAGCAGCAUCUCUUCCAGCUCUCCGAGCUUUGUACACCUGGAUUUGGGCAGCCAGGCAGAUCUUCUCGAGCUCCAUUAGACUUAUUGGGAAGUGUCUGUAAACUGCCGUCUUCAGUUCAGUGCAAGUUCAGGAAGCGGAAAACUGAGGAAGUUCUGGGACUCAUCAGCAUUACCAUAGGUACAAAUGAAGGAAAUAUAUUUUUAUAAAAUUGUGUAUUUAUUCAUUUCUUUAACGUGUAAGAGCAGCAAUGCUGCGAUAUGGUCAACACUUAGUUUGUAAAUAUGCUCUCGAUUCAGUUGUACAUUUGGACAUGUAGACGUGUAAAUGUUGAAUAUGUACAUUAAAAGAAGACAUUUUAAAAGAG